UACCAUCACCAAUUGUUUAUAAUCUAAUAUAUCUCCAGCAGCUUAGUCACAGAGAGAGAGAGAGAGAGAGAGAGAGAGAGAGAUGACAAUGGCGGCUUUGAAUAUCCUAUAUCAGCCAUGGCCACCUACACCAUCCUCUCUCUCUUUUUCCAAUAAUAAUAUUUCUUUUUUAACCCAAUGUAAUGCUGCUACUGCUACUAUUAAUAGUAAAUUACUUUCUUUGUCUCAUUCUUAUCACUUCUCUGUUCUCUCUUCACUCCAUGGAACAAACAGACCAAACUCAUCAUCCAAGCUCUCUUCAGUGCCAACCCACCUCUCAAAGUCUGGGACUCUUACUGCAGGCACUGGAUGUUCCUGGAUGCAAGACAAUUCCAUGCAUCACAACGGUGCUGCUGACAGUGAAUGUGGUGAGGGUCCAUUGCAUUCCGCGUUUCCAGCAAAGGCUGCUGAGAUUUCAUCUAUUGAGGACCUUUAUGAGUUUAUAAGUUCAGGUCCAUUGAUGAACAACCUGGGUUUAGCCCCAGAAGCUGUGGCUGAGUCCAUUGACAAGUGGUUGGCAUAUGGUUUACACCUGUGUCGGCUAUUUCAGCUCAAUGAAUUGGACCUCUCAGUUCCUCAGAAAGUUAGGAUAUAUCACUAUUAUCUUCCGGUCUUUUUUUGGUGUGAAGAUCAGAUAUCUCAGCACAGAUCCUUUUACAAAGAUGGAGAAGAUAUACCUCCUCUAGUGAUUGGGUUUAGUGCACCACAAGGUUGUGGAAAGACUACACUUGUCUUUGCUCUUGAUUAUCUUUUCAAAGUAACUGGCAGGAAGUCUGCCACAAUAUCCAUUGAUGACUUUUAUUUGACAGCUGAGAAUCAGGCUAAACUAAGAGAAGCACAUCCAGGAAAUGCACUUUUAGAGUUACGUGGAAAUGCUGGCAGCCAUGAUCUUCCGUUCUCUGUGGAGACACUGACUGCUCUAAGCAAUUUGAGUAAAGAAGGUAUGAAGAUGAAGCUACCCCGAUAUGACAAGUCUGCUUACAAUGGAAAGGGGGACAGAGCUGAUCCUUCGACAUGGCCCGAGGUGGAAGGGCCGCUUACUGCUGUUCUAUUUGAAGGUUGGAUGCUUGGCUUCAAACCCGUUCCUGUGGAAGUUGUCAAAGCAGUCGAUCCACAGCUAGAGACAGUAAAUAAAAAUCUUGAAGCUUAUUAUGAUGCAUGGGACAAGUUUGUCAAAGCAUGGAUAGUCAUCAAAAUCAAAGAUCCCAGCUGUGUCUACCAGUGGCGUCUGCAGGCAGAGAUUGCCAUGAGAGAGGCAGGAAACCCUGGAAUGUCCGAUGAUGAGGUAAAGGAUUUUGUUUCACGGUACUUGCCAGCAUACAAUGCUUACCUUCCUACCCUCUAUGCCGAAGGACCAAAAGGGUCAGAUCCAAAGCACCUCAUCUUCGUAGAAAUUGAUGAGGGAAGGAAUCCCAUCCUUGGUAACUAGUUGCAUUAGUUUGAGAUGUAAGAUCCCCAAUUUUGAUUUCUUGAAAUGUCAAUUGUAUGGGUGAUCAGUAUUAGAGAAGCUCUGUUUCAAAUGUAAAAAGGUAAAUGCAAGUAACAACAAUAAUGAUUUUAUUAACUCGAAUGAAUUUGUUUACAAUCG